AUGGCGAGAGUCCGGGUACCACACGAGACCCCACGCCACCUGCCGGAAGAGUACCACACGAGACCCCACGCCACCUGCCGGAAGAGUACCACACGAGACCCCACGCCACCUGCCGGAAGAGUACCACACGAGACCCCACGCCACCUGCCGGAAGAGUACCACACGAGACCCCACGCCACCUGCCGGAAGAGUACCACACGAGACCCCACGCCACCUGCCGGAAGAGUACCACACGAGACCCCACGCCACCUGCCGGAAGAGUACCACACGAGACCCCACGCCACCUGCCGGAAGAGUACCACACGAGACCCCACGCCACCUGCCGGAAGAGUACCACACGAGACCCCACGCCACCUGCCGGAAGAGUACCACACGAGACCCCACGCCACCUGCCGGAAGAGUACCACACGAGACCCCACGCCACCUGCCGGAAGAGUACCACACGAGACCCCACGCCACCUGCCGGAAGAGUACCACACGAGACCCCACGCCACCUGCCGGAAGAGUACCACACGAGACCCCACGCCACCUGCCGGAAGAGUACCACACGAGACCCCACGCCACCUGCCGGAAGAGUACCACACGAGACCCCACGCCACCUGCCGGAAGAGACGUUAUUCAACUGCAAAGAAACCACGCUGUUAUGUAUACGAAUAUAGUGAUGAUGUAGAUGAAUAUAGUGAUGAUGUAGAUGAAUAUAUUGAUGAUGUAGAUGAAUAUAGUGAUGAUGUAGAUAAAUAUAGUGAUGAUGUAGAUGAAUAUAGUGAUGAUAUAGAUGAGCCUUGA